CAUUGUCGGAAUACCUUCGUUUUCCCACACGGCCCUCCGUUUCUCCGCCGCGACGAAGACCCCGCCGUAUCUUUGCACACCAUAUUAGUAGCUGCUGCGGCUCAUAACUCAACCCCCCUCCUCUCUCUCUCUCUCUCUCUCUCUAAAACAACACAGCUUCUCACAAUGAAGUUCUCCUGUACUGCUGCCCUCGCCCUCAGCGGCGGUGCACUCGCCCUACAAGCAGGAUGCUUCUCCCAGCACAGCCAGCAGCUCGCCGAGUACUCCGAGUGCGGCCAGCACGUCUCCCUCGAGUACUGCCUGUCAACCCUCUCCUACUCCGACACCAACGACGACCUCGAGGCCUGCUACACAAACGCCGGAUGCUCCAUCGACGAGGCCGUCUCCGAGGCCAAGAACGCUCUGAAGCGAUGCGAUGAGCUCUCCAACAUGGGAGACCUGAAGAAGCGAUACCGCGGCGUCCUCGGCAGCCCCGUCCAGACGCUCGAGGCCCGAAACCCCCAGAAGGCACCGCUCCCAACCCACUGGGUCCGCGACGGCACCCUCCAGUGCAUGGUCACAUCCACCGUGUCGACGUCGUCUUGCGAUAUUUCCACCAACAAGGGUGUCUUGGUGACGCAUUCGUGUGUUCCCACCCAGGUGGCCAAGGCCAACUGCGCCCCUGGCCUCAUGUGCUCCCUCGACUCCCUCGGCCAGACCGUCUGCAUGAAGAAGAGGAACAACCUCGACGUCGGCGGCAUCAUCAUCGCCAUCAUCUUCGGCACCGCCAUUGUCGUCGCCAUCACUUUCCUGACCUUUGCCUGCUGCCGCGAGAGCCGCCACCAAAAGGCCCUCGAGGCCCGCGCCGAGGCCACCGCCCUCGCCCGAGCCCAGACCAAAAAGGCCCGCGCUGCCGAGACGCGCGCGCCCCUGAUGCGCCAGGAGGGCCCUGAUCCCUUUGCCGACCGACACCAGUCUUAGAGAGCGAGGAGAGGUCGUGGCGCUGGCCCAGCACCAAGCAGGCUUGAGGUGGUCAGGGAGCACGAAACCGGCCACGAGUGGGUUGUGACACCACGGCAUUAAAGGCGGAGGAUCGGACCAGCACAUUUUUGAUGUCUUGCUUUUCAUAUUUUUGUUUUUCGGCGCAAUCAUGUUGCUCUUCGAGCCGUGGGUAACAAGGGACAAAGACUUAAGGGGUGUGGCAAAUUAUGUACCUUAGAAAGCAAUCAAGGUCAAAGGUUCAUGGUAGGGUGGGCAGCGACUUUGCCGCUUUCUUCUUCUUCUUCUUGUCGAGAAGAUAAGCAGGCACGCAACAUUGAAAAAAAGAUUCAGCUAGAGAUUUGAGGCGAGCCUCGGGUAGGAAAUUGGGGGGGACUUGAUGUUAUUUAAAGAAGCAGCAUUGAUUUAGAUAAGGCACUUGAAUUGGACGGACAUUUGUGACUUGG